UCAGUGGGGAUUUUUUUCUUAACUUUCUUUUAGUGAGAUGGCUGUGCUCGUUCCCGUGAAUUCCAAACGAGUUCUGUGGACGGUCGGCAGGAGGCGAGGCCAGUCAGCGCAGUCCUCUUCCACACCCACCACUGGAAAUUAAGAACGCCUUGAAGAUUUGUAUCUGUGCAGCCUGGCUGCCUCCCUGCCUCCAGAUGAAUGAAGAACACUCCGGAACACAGAGACACUGCUGAUACAGGGCAUGCAGGUGUUUCUGCAAAUAUGAUGAAGAAAAAGAAUCCCAAUAAAAAACAUAAGAGCAAUCUGGGUCCAGCCACCAAAGUAUUGUCACAACCUCGCCGUAACAUUGUUGGCUGUAGAAUCCAACACAUCUGGAAGGAUGGAAGUGGACAUGUGGUAUGGAAAGGCACCGUACUCGACCAGGUUCCUGUGAAUCCUUCCCUCUAUCUGAUCAAGUAUGAUGGCUUUGACUGCGUGUACGGUCUGGAGCUUCAUAAAGAUGAGAGAGUUCAGGGCCUGGAGGUGCUCCCUGACAGACUCGCUAAAUCCCGCCUGACAGACAUCAAUCUAGCGGACGCCAUGAUAGGCAAAGCGGUGGAACACAUGUUUGAGACGGAGGAGGGACCAAAGGAGGAAUGGAGGGGGAUGGUGCUGGCCCGGGCUCCCAUCAUGACCACCUGGUUUUAUAUAACCUAUGAGAAAGAUCCCGUCCUCUACAUGUACCAGCUGCUGGACGACUUUAAAGAAGGCGACCUUCGCAUCAUGCCUGAUUCCAAUGACACUGUCCCAGCAGAGAGGGAACCGGGUGAGGUGGUGGACAGUCUGGUGGGGAAACAAGUGGAGUACGCAAAAGAGGACGGAGGCAAACGAACAGGCAUGGUCAUCCACCAGGUGGAGGCCAAGCCUUCUGUCUACUUCAUCAAGUUUGACGAUGACCACCUGAUUUACGUCUACGACUUGGUCAAAACGUCGUAAGACUCGGCCGACGCCCUGGUCCCGUCUCCCAGGACACAUCGACCCAGUACAUGUUUCGCAGACCCUUAAAAGUCUUUUGGCGGGCUUCUUUCAGUGUUAACUAAGUUCUACUUUGAAAAAUUUGAAAAAUACAGCAUCAUAUAAUCCAAGCGUAUCAAAACAUAACAAUAUGACUGAGAAAUGUAGUCAUCGUACUCCUAGAAGAGAACUCAAACCAUUUGUGAGCUGCUACCAUCCACUAGAGGAGACAAACUCAUCAAGUACUAACAAAAUAUUUGUUAGUAUUGCCAUCCUCAAGUCCAUUACUGUCACAAAUACUGGAAUUCUUCAUUUAAGCUCACAUACAAUAUAGAAAUCUAAAUGAUGCUACACCAAACCCUAAACAAUGUUAGCUAUGUAUCUUCUUACAUAACUUUGUAAUGUAUGUAUUUUAAUAACACAUUAUUAUUGAUAUUACGCAGUGUUUUACGUCGCAAUCAUUUAUUUGUGGCGGUUACAUUUGGCCUACCUGUUGUCCUCGCUCAUAAAUAAACACAUUCAAAUGGGACUGUGUGGGAAUUAGAGGUGUCCCGAUUCCAAUUCGGCAAAAUAACAAGUAUCACAUUAUAUUAGAUAUAAAAUCUUUGAUUCAAGCACUCCCGGAACUUGUUUACUUGACAGCCAGUUAACAUUUAAAAGUCCUCCGAUAAGCACACAAGGUUGGUCUUUUCGUGUAUUUUAGUCAAGCCAUUUACAAAAGGUAAACAUGGUAGGCUAUAGGAUACUCGAGAGCUCGCAGCUACACAACAGCUUAGCCCACAAUAGCACACAAGCUAAACAUAUGUAAUAAGUGUCUUUAGAUGAACAAUAUUGCGGUUUUAAAUAGCACAUUUGUCAAAUAUAGUACCGUAUUUUUCGGAGUAUAAGUCGCUCCGGAGUAUAAGUCGCACCGGCCAAAAAUGCAUAAUAAAGAAGGAAAAAAACAUACCGUAUUUUUCGGACUAUAAGUCGCAUUUUUUUUCAUAGUUUGGCCGGGCUCCAGUGCGACUUAUAUGUUUUUUUCCUUCUUUAUUAUGCAUUUUCGGCAGGUGCGACUUAUACUCCGGUGCGACUUAUACUCCGGUGCGACUUAUACGCCGAAAAAUACGGUAUAUAAGUCGCACUGGAGUAUAAGUCGCAUUUUUUGGGGAAAUGUAUUUGAUAAAAGCCAACACCAAGAAUAGACAUUUGAAAGGCAAUUUAAAAUAAAUAAAGAAUAGUGAACAACAGGCUGAAUAAGUGUACGUUAUAUGAGGCAUAAAUAACCAACUGAGAACGUGCCUGGUAUGUUAACGUAACAUAUUAUGGUAGUCAUUCAAAUAACUAUAACAUAUAGAACAUGCUAUACGUUUACCAAACAAUCUGUCACUCCUAAUCGCUAAAUCCCAUGAAAUCUUAUACGUCUAGUCUCUUACGUGAAUGAGCUAAAUAAUAUUAUUUGAUAUUUUACAGUAAUGUGUUAAUAAUUUCACACAUAAGUCGCUCCUGAGUAUAAGUCGCACCCCCGGCCAAACUAUGAAAAAAACUGCGACUUAUAGUCCGAAAAAUACGGUAUUUAAUAUAUAUAUUAUUUACACAAACAAAGUCGUAAGUGUAUUGUAAAUUAUCCAGUAACAAAUGUAUCCGCAUCAUUGAACUUAUGGCGUCAUUAGUUGAACUGAAUUAAUGGGUGUCAACAAAAAAAACAAUUAUCACCCUACUUUAACUUAAAGACAGCAUAAGUCCAUUCCAGAUGGUUAAUAAUAAAUAUAUUUUUUUAUACCUACCAUUGUUCUUUGAGUCAUUUCACUUGACCAAACAUUGUAUUACAUUCCAAACGUAUUACUGCUGAUAUUGUAUCAGAUCGAUGCCGGUGUCGGCGAAUACUCGUAUCGGGACACCCCUAAUGUGAAUGUAGCUCGUCGCUCCAAGUCCGUACAUUAGAUUGCGUCGUAACUCCACUUGAAUUGCAACGUGUCGUGUUGACAACUUCCAUUUAGCGAAUGUUUUGACCCAUCUAGAUUCUGGCGAGCAUCCAAUCUAUCGACUUUUUUUGGUGUUUUUGGUGUUAACACUUUUGGAGACUUUAACAUGAAAGGCGGCUUCGACUGAUGUUAAAAAAAAAGAAAAAAAAAAAGCAAUAGAAAUAAGUUUGUAUUUCGAAACAUA